GGAGCAAGGCAGAGACAGACAGCGGCACCAGCAGCAGCUGCAGAAGCAAACGAGAGAUCCAGCUCGGCGUGUUGGGAGUAACACACAUACAAAGCACAUGAAAAUACGAAGAAGAUACAGUGUGUGUGUUUUUCUUUCAGUCCGGCCCGGCAGGUCAGUUCUUUAGCGCCACCUUAAUGCACACAACAGGUGACUGGUCAUCACUUCCCAAGUUGAGGUUUGAGCUGCUGUGCUGAGCUCUCCUCCUCACUCUUCGCCAUCAUCCACCUCCUUCCAACCUUUCCCCCCAUAGGUGGCCUGUGUCCCUGCUUGCUUUGCUGCUUUCCUCUUUAUUAAAAGGCUGCUCCUUCCCCUCUCUCUACCUUUCUUUCUCAUCAGUCUCUCGCGAGCACUACUAAGGUCAAAUAGCCAUCCAUACACGCUCUUUCUCUUUCUUCUUUACCUCCUUUCUUGUUUUUCCAAGCUAGCUCUGUUUUCUGGGUGCUGCUUCAUGGCGUCCACGGCGGCUCCUGCCAGCCACCAAACCGAGCAAAAGCGCCGCGAAUUCCGCCUCUGAUCUCCCCACCAACACCCAGCCACCCGCCUACUACAAGUAGCUCAACCCAGUCAGUUCAGUAGGAGCUGCAUCUGCAGUUGGGUGCACGAAUGGAGAGCAGAUGGAGGAAGGCCAAGAUGUCGCUGGGGCUCAACCUCUGCGUCUAUGUGCCCCGGACGCUGGAAGGCGACGACGCUAGCUCGCCGAACACCGGGUCCUCCACGGCGGCUCUGGUGUCGCCGGUGGCGUCCUCGUCGUCUGCUGCGACGAGCGCGAACACCACCCCCACGGCUGCUUCGGCGGAGCGCAAGGUAAAAGGCGGCGCCGGCGCGCUGAUGCCGACCACCCCGACGCCGACGUCCGCCGGACUCCGCCUCUCCAAAUCCGGCAGCAAAUCCUUCAAGAAAACAUGUGCCAUAUGCUUGACCACAAUGAAGCCUGGUCAAGGCCAUGCUCUCUUCACAGCAGAGUGCUCACAUACCUUCCACUUCCAUUGCAUUUCUGCAAAUGUUAAGCACGGAAGCAACAGCUGCCCAGUUUGCCGUACCAAAUGGAAGGAGCUUCCGUUUCGAGGUCCCUUGCCUGCGGAAUUAUCUCUAGGAAAUGCAAGGGUUAAUCCAGUUAAUGGGCAUCAAAAUGGAGGCCACAUGACCAUAUUGCGACCGCUUCCUCGUGCUCGCUCUUCUGGUCGGCUUCAUCAUCCGACUGCAUUGCUGCUUGACACUGACCCUAGCACUUUCAACGACGAUGAACCCUUGGACUUAUUGUGUGAUGCAACUGAAGACCCUCAGAGGGGCUGUUUAAGAACAGUAGAGAUAAAAACAUUUCCGGAGUUCACUGAAGUACCUGAAAAUAUGUCAGAAAGAAACUUCACUGUCCUAAUUCAUCUCAAGGCACCCCUUGCUCAGCAUUUGCAGACACCCAGCAAUCUUGGAGAUGGCAAUGGACUGAACACAAGUCGAGCCCCUGUUGAUCUCAUCACAGUUCUCGAUGUCAGUGGAAGCAUGGCUGGUACCAAACUUGCAUUGUUGAAGAGGGCUAUGGGAUUUGUCAUUCAGAACCUUGGCUCCUCAGAUAGGCUUUCUGUCAUCGCCUUCUCAUCAUCCGCACGCAGGCUCUUCCCCCUUCGUAGGAUGACCGAGUCUGGUCGGCAGCAGAGCCUGCUGGCUGUUAAUUCAUUGACGUCAAAUGGUGGGACCAAUAUUGCAGAGGGCCUCAGGAAAGGUUCCAAGGUGAUUGAAGAACGACAGGCCAAGAAUCCAGUCUGCAGCAUCAUCCUUUUAUCAGAUGGUCAAGAUACAUAUACUGUCUCACCAACUGCUGGUGUAGACAAAGCAGCACCGGAGUAUUGUGCGCUCUUGCCAUCCACUAAUGGUAACCAGCAGGUACCUGUUCAUGUCUUUGGAUUUGGUGCUGACCAUGACUCAGUCUCACUGCACUCCAUCUCACAAACCUCUGGUGGGACCUUUUCGUUCAUUGAGACAGAGGCUGCUAUCCAAGAUGCAUUUGCACAAUGCAUUGGAGGGCUUUUGAGCGUAGUUGUACAGGAUCUUCAUGUAAAAAUAGAGAGCCUCCACCCUGACGUGCACUUUGGAUCCAUAAGAUCAGGCAGUUAUUCUAGCAGAGUUGCAGAUGAUAGGAGGAAUGGCUCCAUAGAUGUAGGAGACUUGUACGCCGAGGAGGAAAGGGAUUUUCUUGUGUCUGUAAACGUUCCCCCAGGAUAUGGGGAAACAUCACUUCUCAAAGUUGGCUGUGUCUACAGAGAUCCACUGAUGAAGGAAACAGUCAAUAUGGCUGAUGUGCAAGUGAGAAUCUCCAGGCCAGCAUUCGUCUCAGUACAGAGCGUGUCAAUCGAGGUGGACCGCCAAAAGAACCGUCUUCAUGCGGCUGAGGUCAUGGCUGAAGCAAGGUUUUCUGCAGAGCGCGGUGACCUGACAAAUGCUGUUUCUUUACUCGAAGACUGCCGGAGAAUGAUCAUGGGUUCAGCGUCAGGACAGUCCGGUGAUCGCUUGUGCCAAGCAUUGGAUGCUGAACUGAAGGAGAUGCAAGAUAGGAUGGCCAAUCGCCAAAGGUACGAGGCAUCCGGUCGGGCAUACGUCCUCUCAGGCUUGAGCUCCCACUCAUGGCAGAGAGCAACCGCACGCGGCGACUCAACAGACAGUGAGAGCCUAAUCCAGGCCUAUCAGACUUCAUCCAUGGUUGACAUGCUGCUGCGCUCGCAGACAAUGAGCCCGUCGUCGACCCCUCGCCCAACUCCACAGAUUAGGCAUGCAAAAUCAUUCCCAGCACACCCGCAGCCAAGGUAACUGCAUUCUAGUGAUGCCGAGAAGGAUCUGCCCGAAGCCUAAUCAUUUGUUAUUGGAUGUAGUAGUGUCGUUUAAAUUCUUAGUUUUGUGGCGGGAGGAUGGGAAGGGGGUAUAGCUUGUGUGGUAUAUGGAGAUGUAAUGGUGUAAAUUUGAUUUGGGGUGGUGGUGGGUAAAUGGUGAGAGCGAGGCGUUUUGUAAUUGGGGGUAGGCGAUGGUAUACGUCCUGGGGAAAAUGGGCAAGUGGGUGGGCUAUUUUUUUUCCUCCUUGGUGGUGACUUGGUAUACUCCAGUAUUGUACUAAGCUCCUUUGUGUGGUCAUGUACAUAAGAGAAGGGUAUACAUUUGUGAACUCUUUGAGGAUGGAUGGAUACUGAUCCUCGCAA